CCGCCAUUACUGGCAUGGAAGGCGAGAGCACCUCGGCCCUGCUCUCGGGCUUCGUGUUCGGCGCCCUCACCUUCCAGCACCUCAGCACCGACUCGGACACGGAAGGUUUUCUCCUUGGAGAUGUGAAAGGUGAAGCCAAGAACAGCAUCACAGACUCACAAAUGGACGAUGUUGAAGUUGUUUAUACAAUCGACAUACAGAAGCAUAUUCCAUGCUACCAGUUGUUCAGCUUUUAUAAUUCUGCAGGAGAACUGAAUGAACUUGCCCUGAAGAAAAUACUAUCAGGCUGUAAGAAGAGUGUAAUAGGAUGGUACAAAUUCAGACGUAACACAGACCAGACCAUGACAUUCCGGGAAAGAGUUCUUCAUAAAAACCUGCAGUCACACCUAUCAAAUCAGGGGCUUGUAUUCCUCCUUUUAACCUCUAGUGUGAUGACAGAAACUUGUUCUACUUACAGACUGGAACAUGCUCUACAUCGGCCUCAGGAAGGACUUUUCCAGAAAGUUCCUUUGGUGGUUACCAACUUGGGCAUGGCAGAACAGCAAGGUUACAGAACAGUGUCCGGUUCCUGUGUAUCCUCUGGUUUUGUGAGAGCCAUGAGACAACACAGGUCUGAAUUCUUCCAUGAAGAUGGGUCCCUACAAGAGGUUCAUAAGAUAAAUGAGAUGUACGCCACCUUGCAGGAGGAACUGAAGAAAAUAUGCAUUACAGUAGAAGUCAGUGAACGAUCUGUAGAGAAACUCUUAGCAGAGGUGAGCCAAUUAAAAGAAGAAAUAAAGAGGAAAAAGCAACAAAAUUGUUCAGGAGAAGACAAAAACCAUCCAGCAGAGCCAAAGGAGAAUGUUCUCCUUUGCCAGGCACUACAAACAUUUUUCCCCAAUUCCAGACUUCAGACAUGCAUUGUUUCUUUCAAAGGCCAACAGAUAUCCAAGAACUGCUGUAACACAGAUCAUCAUAUUAAUGUCAUGGACAAACUGACUCUUAUGGUAGAGGAAAGAGACUUCACUGAAGCUGAAACAAGGCAUCUAAACAAGCGUAAGGUCAGGGAGACCACGUCAGUUUCAAAGUCAUUCAAGAAGUCCAGAUCAUUGCAGCUUCACCAAGAACCACUUCAAGACCAAGAGGACAGUGACCAGGAAAGGAAGCUUACACUGAGUAGCACUGAAACAGAUGAGGAUGUGUUUGAAAAAAACAGAGAUGCAAAGGAAUACCCACACUCUCCUACUUUCUGAUCUGCCAGAUGACUUCAUGCCAAAACCUACUGCUGGUGUAUUCCAGUGAUGUAUCAUUUUCUAGCACUGCAAGGAUGUAUGUAACAGGGCAUUUUUGCAGGUCGUUUUUUGUUUUUGGUUUUUUUUUUCCCCAGUGCACGAAUCCUGUUCAGCAUAAAGAUAAAUCCAAGAUGACAUUCCCUCACUUUGCCUUCCAGAGUUCCACCUGUCUUCUAUCUCUCAGGGUUCAAAGCCUAUGCUACAGGAUGCUAUCAGUGAGAUAAGCAUGUCAUAUGCUGCCUCAAAGUGAUACAACUUCAAGCUGCUGGUGAAGAAACAGUGCUACCUACCCUCCUGAUGCAGGGAGCAUCAAAUGAACAUGUUACAGAAUUAGCUGUCUACAUGAACUGCCACAAUUUAAAUACAUUAAUUUAUCCUCAGGAAACCAGUGCUUGUUUACUUCUCCACAUCUUACAACCCAGCAAGGGGAAAAACAGCCACCUGAGCUUUAGCAAGACUGGUGAGCAGAGGAAGGGGUCCAUAGAGCUACCACUUUCUAUUAUUGCUUUAAUCUUCCUUCAGACAAUAACUUUCAGAGACUUCAUGAAGAAAAAUAAAAGAAUGACUGACAUCCACCCCUCAGCCAACCACACAUUGUGCUAGCAAACCACAUUUCCAACAAACAAGUACAUAAACAUGAAAAACAGUUUUAUUGUUUAUUUCUGUACAGUAUAUCACUCUGGAUACUUGAUGUUACAUAGCUUGGGGUCUGUGAGAAAUUGUGGGUUCUUAAACAUAACUGGCAUAAAUCCUGUUAAAAAAAAAAAAAAGAUGGAGGUGUUCUUAGUAGAAAAGUAGUCUUGAGUUAGAAAAUUCAAAAGCAAAAUCAUACUUACCAAAUACAUGAGCUCUUUUAAUGGC